AUGAAACACCUAGCAGCUUGGUAUCAAAAGAAAAUUAGUUCGUAUGAUAAGGAAGAAUGGGAGACUAUGGUGGAGCAAUUGUUGAUGCGAGGCACAUACCGCCGUCGUAUAGUAGAUUUUUCAUCACAUGCAAGAUCGUAUCUCAUAGAUGUUGAUUUAGUUAGAGGAUCAUCAUUCCCUAAAGCAAAGCCCACGCUUGGUAUGCGACGAGUAGUAUGGUUUGCACUAGUACGCCUCGUGUUUCUACCGGCAUUAUACCAGUGGUGGUCGCAACAAACUUCCCCGGCUUGUGCUAAGUUUCUACUUGGUGUGUGGUUGCUCCAAGUCAUUAAUAUAUCCAUCACAUUUAUAGCUCCUGUAGAAGUUGAUUCAAACUGUUGGAUUGUCCCAAUGGGGUUGAUGCUUGUACUGAGUAUAGUACAUUCUCAAAUUGUAAGUACAACUGAAAUGGAACUAGCCAGAGUACGACCUAGAUCGACAUAUAGAAGAAAAUUGCCGAGAUAUUUCAGAAAGUCGCGGUCAGAUUGUGAUGGCGGCAGUGGAGGCGGUUCCGCUGAAAGUGGGGCCACAUCCAGUCAAAGCAAAACUCCAUUUACUAAACCAUCGAAAUUUAGACGAAGACUUUCUCGCUCUGACUCUACAGAUACAGGUCUCAGAAAGCGUAAAAAAGAUUUGAUAAAAGACACAGGACCAGAUGUACAACCUGAAUUAAAAGACAAAUCUACUCUUAAGUCCAAAGUGAAAGACUCUGACGAUGAAGAUUAUAUGGCGUGGAAAAAACCUAAUGCAACCGCUCCAAUCGUUACAUUCACCCCACCGCCAGAUGAUAGGGUGCCGCGCUCAUCAUUCCGCUACAAACCUAAUAUACUAACAAAAAAAUACUUAGAAAUAUUUAAUGUACGACAAAAUGAGAAUAAACCAAUGUUCGCCGAUGGAGACGAUGGUUUUGAAAGUUUAAAUGGCUACAACUCAAAUGGUAGCGACGGAGAACCUCGAAAUAAAGAGUUAGCUUCUCAAAGCAAGUCAAGUAUUAGCAAUCCAAAAACUAAGUCAGCGAGUGAUAUACAGCAACCAAAAUUAGAACCUAUUUCAAAAGUAUUCCUAGAAGACUCUGAAGAUAUUAGUGUUGGGAAGGUACAAUAUGAAAAUGUCAGUUCAACUGGAAAAGACAUUAAAGACGAUGAAGAAAAGUCUAUAGAUCCAGACUCUGACAGUGCCGUGACCACAACAAACCCUAAUGUUAUGAAAAGAGCUGGAGUAAGAUUUAGAAAUUCCUGGGCCAAAGAUGCUAUUCAACCUGAAACAAGCGACGAAGACUACGCCACUGUUAAAGGGAAUCAAAAGAAAUUAGAAAAUUACCAGACCUCGUCAUCUGAUGGAGAAUGUUCAGCUUCCGCGCCAUCCAUCGCAUUACCUUCGCACCAUACCAUGUCAGACUGGGUUGGGCAAAUCACUAACAGCGAGGAGAGCAGCUACGGUUCGCAAUCAGAAGCUGGACAUUCGGACGUAGGCUUCCAUUACACUGGCGAUAGUUCCUGGGAUCCGUUUGCAAUACUGGAUCCCUCCAGCGAUACAGUGAAGUGCACGAUGUGGGAGCGCGGGUCGACGCUGCGCGCGGAGCUGUCGGCGGUAGACAUCAGCUGGUGCGUGGUGGCGCGCGCCGAGCGGGCCAUGGCGGCGGAGGGCUGCGCCUGGGCGGGGCUCGCGCUCGCCGCGCUCGUGGCGCUCGUGGCGCCCGCCGCGCGCCUCGUGCAGGUAGCUAUAGAGCAGGAUAAUAGAAGCGAAGAAGAACUGCAAACAGUAUCUCUUAUAAGCUACAUACCAUCUGUUCUUGUUAACUAUACUCAAAGCUCUGUGUACUGCAUCUUCAAUGGAGCGUUUGGUGAUAAUAAAUGGGAAGUAACGUCAAACGUGCUAUCAAGCAUCCUACGGUUCGCACUGAGCGGUCUCGUGUUUUUCCUCCUCGCUGUGGCAGAACGUGCCUAUAAACAAAGAUUCCUCUACGCGAAAUUGUUCUCACAUCUGACAUCUGCUAGAAGGGCGAGGAAAUCUGAACUGCCGCACUUCAGGCUCAACACUGUUAGGAACAUAAAGACGUGGCUGUCUACAAGGUCUUAUUUAAGGCGACGAGGACCCCAACGUUCAGUAGAUGUCAUCGUGUCGGCUGCGUUUAUGCUUACUCUUAUCUUACUUGCCUGUGUUAGCGCUCAACUAUUAAGAGAUUCGGUUACUUUGGAAAGAGGCUGGCUGCUUGAAGCUAUGGUUUGGAGUUGUUGCCUUGGCAUUUAUCUACUACGUCUCCUUACUUUGGGAAGUAAUGUAAAUCGCAAAUAUCGUGGAUGUCUCUCCGCAAUACUCACUGAACAAAUAAACCUCCAUUUAGCAAUCGAACAGCGACCAGAGAGCAAGGAACAACUCACGGUCGCUAACAAUGUGCUAAAACUAGCUGCGGACCUACUUAAGGAGCUUGAUUCGCCUUUUAAAAUAUCUGGUAUAUGUGCCAAUCACUAUUUGUACACGAUAACAAAGGUUGUAAUAUUAUCGGCACUAUCUGGAGUAUUGUCUGAAAUGCUAGGGUUUAAAUUAAAACUACACAAAAUCAAAAUAAAAUAAUGGUAGUAAAUACACAGAGCAGAAAUACUUAGGUACAGUAUAACGUAAAAGCGAAAAAAUAUAUAAGACGCUGUCUUAGUUUAUGAAUAUAUUUAUUGUAGUCUGUUCGCUUUACACACUUUUCUUCAGUUCAGAUAAUGUACCUAUAUUAGUUAAUUUAAGUGUCACAAAAGACAAUUGCAAUUAGGUUAAGUAAAUUAAAAAAAUGAAGGUGA